CCUCUCGCUCCCUCUCUCUCUCUCUUGCCUUCGCCCCUUGGGAACUCCUCCUUUUCGCCGUUCCCACUGUGAACAGCCAGCAAGCAAAGCAAAAAACACAAGAAACAAUCGAAACCACAGAGCCAAAAAAAGAAAGAAAAGAAAACCCGAAAAAGGAAGAAAAAGAGACUGAAAAAGUAUCGACAAAGUAAGCUCAAAGAGGAAGUUCAUUGUUAUAUCAACAAAAUCAUAACAUUUUUAGUGUCUCUGAACAUCGGCAAUCCUUUAAAGAUUUCAAAGCUCGAAACUUUUCGUAAACUCUCUCUCAUUAUUAUUACAACUCCCAGUAUCACUCUCUCUUAACUACUCUUUCUUUGAUCCGAAACGGCCACGAUCGUACGCCUACGCCUACGCCUCUUCUCAGUCUACCUGUGGCAGGCAAGUUCAGCCAGGCUGGUAAAGCUAUAGGGAGCAUACGGAGUUAUCAAUUUGUAUCUCAUAAAGAUGGGGCUCAGCGAGCCUAAUGGUCACAGAAGAUUGAGGCAAAAGGAUCAUCCUGCCCAAGAAAAUGGUGAUUCUGAUUUAUCAAGUGUUGGUGAUGAUUUGGACCCAUGGACAGCAUGGGCAUACAAACCUCGUACCAUUUCUUUCUUGCUUAUCGGUGCAUGCUGUCUGAUUUGGGCAAGUGGAGCUCUUGGUCCUGAAAGCACUGCUUCUGGAGAUCUUGUUACAUCUGUGAAAAGGGGUGUAUGGGCUAUGAUUGCAGUUUUUCUUACUUACUGCUUGCUGCAGGCACCUUCUACGGUUCUCAUCAGACCACAUCCUGCUGUAUGGCGUUUAGUUCAUGGAAUGGCUGUCAUUUACCUUGUAGCUCUCACUUUUUUGCUUUUCCAGAAGCGUGAUGACGCUCGUCAGUUCAUGAAGUUUCUCCAUCCUGAUCUUGGUGUUGAACUUCCAGAAAGGUCAUAUGGUGCUGAUUGUCGCAUUUAUGUGCCCGAAAAUCCCACCUGCAGGUUCAAGAAUGUUUAUGAAACACUUUUUGAUGAAUUUGUUCCAGCACAUAUUUUUGGAUGGUGGGGAAAGGCUAUAUUGAUCCGUAAUCAGCCACUUUUAUGGGUUCUGUCUAUUGGAUUUGAGUUGAUGGAGUUUACUUUUCGCCACAUGUUACCAAACUUCAAUGAAUGCUGGUGGGACAGUAUAAUUCUGGACAUUUUGAUCUGCAAUUGGUUUGGCAUCUGGGCUGGAAUGCAUACAGUUAGGUACUUUGAUGGGAAAACGUAUGAGUGGGCUGGUAUAAGCCGCCAGCCUAAUAUAUUUGGGAAGUUUAAACGAACGUUGGGACAAUUUACACCAGCACAAUGGGAUAAAGAUGAAUGGCAUCCGUUACUUGGUCCUUGGCGGUUUAUCCAAGUUCUCAGUCUUUGUAUCGUGUUCUUGACAGUUGAGCUUAACACCUUUUUCCUCAAAUUUUGUCUUUGGAUUCCUCCUCGAAACCCUGUUAUCAUCUAUAGAUUGAUCUUGUGGUGGCUAAUUGCAAUACCAACAAUUCGCGAAUACAACACAUACCUCCAAGACAGAAAACCAGUGAAGAAGGUUGGAGCAUUUUGUUGGCUUUCCCUUGCCAUUUGCAUUAUUGAACUUCUAAUUUGCAUCAAGUUUGGACAUGGCCUGUUCCCUAAGUCUAUGCCUUUAUGGUUGGUGAUCUUCUGGACAUCUGUUGGUGUGGCUCUAGGAUUGUUCUUGAUUUUGUGGUCAUUCAAGAGUUUUCGAAGAAAGCGACAAUGAUUUCGGCAACGUGGUACAUUAUUCUUUGAUUCCUUCAAGCUCUUAUAGGUAUUCAUCUGGUGCUGUAAUUACCUAUCUCUUUAUAAGUUGUAAAUGGUUACUGGAUCACAGUUUCUUGGGCAGAAAAUAUUGAUUCUUUCUUGUUAGUUAGAGGGAAAUACUUUUAAGUUCUAAUAUCAAGCUCUUCAGUUGUAGUUUGCCAACGUUAUGAAUUGCCCAUUUUAUAUAGUCCAAGCAUCUGCGAGCUUUUGUUCUCAUAA